CACAGGCCCCCAGUCGAGCCUCGUGCCUUGCUCAGCCGCCGUCGUCGCUCUCCAGUCAUCGUCCCCCCGCGCGUGUACGUGUGUGUGACUCGAGCCGAAAAGUUUUGUUGUUUUGGGGCGUGAUCAAAGCGUCUCUCCACCACACGUCAGGAUGGCGAGCGACGGCACGGCGACCGAUUGGCCCUACAUCCAGGGGGUGCCCAUCUACACCCCCUUCAUCGGCGUCAUGGGCGCCGCCGCCUCCAUCACGCUGAGCUCGUGGGGCGCGUGCUAUGGCACCGCCAAGUCCGGGGCGGCCAUCGCGGCCGUGGGCGUGCACAAGCCCGAGCUCGUCAUGAAGAGUAUCAUCCCCGUGGUCAUGGCCGGUAUCGUCGCCAUCUACGGGCUGGUCGUGUCCAUCCUCAUCAUCACAAACCUCAAGGCGCCUCCGGAAUACACCCUCUUCGUGGCACUGCUGCACUUUGGGGCCGGAGUGACGGUGGGCGGCGCGGGCGCGGCGGCCGGCUACGCCAUCGGGGUCGUCGGUGACUACGGCGUGCGGUACAACGCGCGGGAGGGCCGCCUCUUCAUCACCAUGAUCCUCAUCCUCAUCUUCGCUGAGGUUCUAGGGCUGUAUGGCCUCAUCCUGGCGGUUUUCAUGUACGCCAACAGCACGUAGACGACGUCUGGAGUCAUCUUUGCAGGUGUUUCAGUGUACUCAUAAUGCAGAGGCAAGAACUUGAUCAAAGUUGUGUAAUCAUACUUGUGUAAAUUUUAUCCCUAGUCUAUGUAUAAAUUGUUAACAUACCUUC